AUGAGCGAGCCUUCUAACUUUGAGAUGUCACUUCUGAAUGUGAUAAUCAAUGGAUAUACGCUUAAUCAAAAAUAUUAUAAUUGUUCUGAUCCACGUGGCUUACAAGGUCUCAAGGUUCAGCAAAACUUUUUUGGCUGGUAUUUUCUGGUGACUGGAAUUAUUUUUGUGGUGAGUUAGAGAAACUUCUGAUGGAUAUAGAUUUCUGUUCAUUUCAGAGCCUGUACAUUCCCUGUAUCAUCUCUGGCCUAAAAUCUGAUUUGAUGAAUACAUCUUGCUAUAAAAUUAUGUUAUGCCUAUCGGUUUUUGACAUCCUAUCUUUAAUCACUAACUCAAUUGCAACUGGAUUCUAUUGUCUAAAAGCCUCAAACUUCUGUGACUACCCAAAAUCAAUCUUCUUCUUCGGUUCCCUUGGCUGUGGUGCCUGGUUGGGUGGAUGUCUAUCCUGCGUUAUGCUAGCAAUCAAUAGAUGUUGCGAUCUCAACCCCCAUCUCAAACUUCGUUGGAUAUUUGUAGGAAGACGAACCUAUUUCACAAUUGCUGCAAUCGUAGUUUACGCAUCAUACGCUAUGUUUCUCACCAAACCCCCAUUAUUCUCCUCUCAAUAUAUGACGUGGUUUUUCAAUCCAAUGAUAAGCACAAACCCGCUAUGGUACAUUAACCUGCUCCAUACCACUAAUAAUUGUGUGGUGUCAAUUUGCACCACCUCUCUCUACACCUACCUCUGCAUCCUGUUGAUUCAUAAAUCCCGCCACGCAUCUUCUGAAGCAGUUAGCCGAACUCAACGUCAAGUAUUCUUGCAAUCCGUGAUUAUUUGCUCUUUCAACGCAAUCGCUGCGUAUAUUUACGUCUACAUGCAAUAUUUCUACUCUCCUCCGAUUAUUAUGUUAAUUGGUCAAAUUGCCUGGCAAUUUAGUAAUGGUAAGUGAAACAUUGAAUGUUCAUUGGGAAUCUGAACUUCCAGUUUUGUUCCUAAUUUUCAGGCUCGGUGUGCAUCGUCUAUCUCACAAUGAACCGAACUAUUAGAAAAGGCGUCUACGAGAUGCUGGUCCCAAAAAGAAUUCGUGAAAAAGCUCGGGUCACAGUUAAUGCAACUUAUUCUAACAAGAGUGCUCCGCGAGCAAUGACAAGUUCACAUGAAACUGUUUUCUGA